AUGAUGGCCGGGAAGAAGACCGCUCUCGUCUUCGGCGCUAGUGGCGUCUCUGGCUGGUCCUUUGUCAACGAGGUCUUACACGACUAUCCCCAGGAGGGUGUCUGGGAUGGCUGCAUCGCAUUGACGAAUAGGCCGCUGGAUCACCAGAAGACGCUGUGGCCUAAGGAUGAGAGACUAUCUCUGGUUUCAGGUGUUGACUUGUUGAAAGGCAGCCAAGAUGACCUGAAUCGGGUGAUGAAAGAAAAGGUUCUGUGGGUUGGCCAGAUAACCCACGUCUUCUAUCUUGCAUACAAGGCUCAUACGGAUCUCAACUAUGAAGCCGAGUGUGAGGAAAACAUCGAGAUGUUCAAGAGAGCUGUCAUCGCUGUGGAUACUCUUUCACCGGCGCUCGAGUUUGUAGUCUUGCAGACGGGCGCUAAAUCUUACGGCUGUCACCUCCUCCGUGACAGACCGAGCAACAUGGUCCCACCGCUGGCAGAGACGUUGCCAAGACUGAGUCCGCCGCAUGACGCAGGUCUCUUCUACUACCCGCAGGUGGACUGGAUCUCCGAGUACUCGAAGAAUAAGUCUUGGUCAUGGUGUGAAACGAGACCUGAUAUUGUAGUCGGUUUCGUGCCGAACGGGAACUGGUACUCCCUCGGUACCGUCUUGGGCAUCUUCUUCAGCCUUUUCCUACAUGUACACGGCCUUGGUGCUGAAUGUCCGUUUCCUGGAUCCCAAGACAGUUGGAAUGCGCUUAGUAUCGACGCCUCAGCCGACAUGAUUGCAAGACAGACCAUUCAUCUGUCCACAACAGCCGUCCUACGUAUCAAGAAAGGCGAUGCUUUCAACGUCGGAGAUGCGAAAACGCCGUCAUGCUGGCGAGAAAAGUGGCCGAUUCUAUGCGAAUAUUUUGGCCUAAAAGGAGUGAAGCGCGAGCAAGAUAACCCAAUCGAAGUGCGAAGUUUUAUCCGAGAGAACUUGUCGAAAUGGGAGGAGUUGGAGGAUAAGCAUGGACUUGAGAAAGGGCAUGCCGACAACCCUAAGAUUUAUCCUGGAUUCGAGUAUUUUCUCAUAACGCAGUUCGAUACAGAUCGACAUUACGACAUGUCGAAGAUGUACGGUACUGGCUUUGGCGAGGAGUCGUCAACAAUUGAGGCUUGGGGGAAGGUGUUUGACAGGAUGAGGGAUGCUAAGAUCAUCCCUUCGGCCCUAGGAUGA